AUGGGUUGGUCCUGGCUUGGGAUCCUAGCUAGCGAUGAUGACUAUGGCCAGUUUGGAGUUCAGAUUGCAAAACAAGAGAUAUCGACUACUAGAGCUUGUGUGGCCUUCACCGAGAACAUCUUGACUGGUCAACCCAAUAGAAAUGCUCCUCACCUUGUCCAGGUGAUCAAGGAGUCAAGUGCAAAGGUGGUUCUUGUGAUUGCCACUGGUUAUAACUUUGUCAUAGUCGUGGAAGAACUACUAAGGCAGAAUAUGGCUGGAAUUACUUGGAUAGCAAGCCAAGGUUGGGCAACGUCUCUUCUACUUUCGGAGAACCGGUUCCGAGGAGUUUUAACGGGCGCCGUCGGUUUUGCCAUCCAUAGUGGGAAAAUGCUCCUCCACUACGUUAAAUACGUAGACUUCAAGACCCAAGAUGGAAGUCAUGUUGUUUUUGACACAAAAGGGAACCCUCCGGCCAUCUAUGAUAUUGUGAAUUGGCAAGUCGGUGCCACGGGAGUCCUGGGGCAGGUCACAGUAGGGAGUUAUGACCUCACCAAUCUGGAUUUGAAUCUCUUGAAUAUAGAUAGUGCUAAAGUUGUAUGGAGCAACGGCAGUAAUCAGGUUCCUGUUUCCAAGUGCAGCCCAAACUGCCCUGCAGGAUUUAGGAAGGUGAUCAUACAAGGAAAGCCACCGUGCUGCUAUGAGUGUGGCCGGUGUCCCCCGGGGCAGAUUUCAAACCAAACAGCUGUACAAGUCUGCGACGCGUUGGAAUCCAACCUUGGUUGCAACUUACCCAUGGAGAACUCUAGCGGCUAUCUGAGCCAACCUGGAGAUAUCAUUAUUGGGGGAACGUUUCCAGUUCAUUUGGAUAGAGUCUACCACAACAAUAACUUCACAGAAACCCCACCGGAGAUCCAAUGUCAGAUGUUUAGCUUAGAGCAUUUCCAAAGCAUGGAGGCCCUGAUAUUCGCUGUGGAAGAGAUUAACGUCGACCCCGAACUCCUUCCCCAUAUUACGUUGGGCUUCCAGAUAUUUGACACUUGUAUUGCUUUACGGCAGGCAGUGUAUGGGGCUCUUUGGAUGCUCUCAGGGGGACAAGGCAUCUCGCCCAACUACCAGUGUCACAAAGAGGCCCCACUAGCUGGUAUUAUUGGCGACUCUGGGUCUACACAAUCGAUUCUCCUAGCUCAACUCUUGGGAUUGUACAGAUACCCUCAAAUCAGUUAUUUGGCAACUAGCCCCAUUCUUAGCGAUCGCCAUCUAUUCCCUUCCUUUUAUCGGACCAUCCCUAGUGAUGAGUUUCAGAUGAGGGGCCUGGCCCAGCUGGUUUCUCAUUUCGGUUGGACUUGGUUUGGCCUUCUUGCCAGCGAUGACGAUUAUGGUCAGUUGGGGACUCAGUUGGUGAAGCAGGAAAUAACAAAGGCUGGAGCUUGUGUGGCCUUCACGGAGAAUAUCAUAACCGGCCUGCACCAUAGGAACGCUCCUCGCAUUGCCGAAGCCAUUAAAAAGUCAACUGCAAAAGUCAUAGUUGUCAUCGCCACCGAUCAUAACUUUGUGAUUGUGGUGGAAGAGCUCUUGAGGCAAAACAUGACCGGCAUUAUCUGGGUGGCCAGCGAAGGCUGGGCAACGGCAGUUGUACUUUCCAAGGAGAAUUUCCGAUUGGUUUUAGAGGGUACCAUUGGAUUCGCCACUCAUGGGAGACAAAUAUCCAAAUUUACCAAGUACCUCCAAAGCCUUCAUCCAUCUAAGGAGCUUCACAAUACUAAAGACGGGAGCCAGGUAUUUUUCGAUGGUAAAGGGAACCCUCCAGCUAUUUACGACAUUGUGAACUGGCGCGUGAGUGCAAACGGGGCCCUGGAGCAGGUUGUCGUUGGGAGUUAUGACUUGAACGCUGUUGAUGGGAAGACCAUGAAGGUCAACAGCACUGCUAUCACUUGGAACAGCAAUGGAACCCAGAUUCCAGUUUCCAAAUGCAGCCCAAGUUGUUCCUCAGGAUUUCGGAAGGUAAUAAUUCCUGGAAAGCCCCCGUGUUGCUAUGAUUGUAACCCAUGCCCCCAAGGACAUAUUUCAAACCAAACAGAUGCUGUGGAAUGUCAUCCAUGUUCCUGGGACACGUGGCCCAAUCUACAGCAGGACAGAUGCCUACCAAGGCCUACAGAGUUCCUUUCCUAUGGAGAUCCUUUGGGUUACAGCUUAACAGCCUUUUCUGUUUUUUCUUCCCUGAUCCCACUUGCUAUUUUAGGAGUUUUUAUUUGUUAUAAGAAAACACCAAUAGUCCGAGCCAACAACUACUCCCUUAGCUGCCUUCUCCUGCUUUCCCUGUUCCUCUGUUUCCUUUGCUCUUUAGGGUUCAUUGGUUACCCACAGCCUGAAAAGUGCCUUCUGCGCCAGGUGGCAUUUGGGAUGGUUUUUGCCCUCUGCAUCUCCUGUGUUCUGGCCAAAACCAUCACUGUUGUCAUUGCCUUUAAUGCAACCAAACCCGGCAGCAGGUUAAGAAAGUGGACAGGGGUGAGGGUGUCCUACUGGAUUACUGUGUUUGGUACCUUGAUUCAGUUAUUUGUGUGUGUGAUGUGGUUGAUUUUUUCUCCUCCUUUCCCUGAACUUGACACUAUCACCAGUCCUGGAGUCAUUAUUGUAACAUGUAAUGAAGGGUCACCCACUGCUUUCUGGUGCAUGCUGGGAUACCUUGGACUCUUGGCCUCCAUCAGUUUCAUUGUUGCCUUCCUGGCCAGACGCCUCCCUGACAGUUUCAAUGAAGCCAAAUUGAUCACAUUCAGUAUGUUGGCUUUCCUCAGUGUGUGGGUGUCCUUUAUCCCAGCCUAUCUCAGUGCCCGGGGCAUGUAUACUGUGGCAAUGGAGGUCUUUGCCAUCCUGUCUUCCAGUUGGGCUGUGGUGGGCUGUAUCUUUGUGCCAAAAUGCUUGAUUGUUAUGUUCAGACCCAACAUGAACUCAAGGGAACUUCUUAUGGGGAAAAGGUCAAAACCUAAAAAACUGAAUGAUAAAAAGUCUGAUAUUUGUGAUGAAUUUCAAGAAUUUAGAUGUCACAUCCAACUGAGGAAUUAUGGAAGAUGUGCAUAA